UUUGAUCCUAAUGAGAUAACCCAUCGUUUAAUGGAAGGUUGUCUUACAUAUAAGGAUCCAAAUACCCAAAUCUUUGCCCUAUGCUGGGGCCUGGCUAGUGCUUAUCGAGCCGCUGUAGAUUAUGUUCAGAAGGCUAAGGCAGAGACAGGGACACAAACUAUGCCAGUCAGAAUGGAGUCCACCAAAACCAGAGUCCAGAUGCCACUUGAAGCCAGCACAGCUUGGACCAAACCUGCUGACACUGGAGUUCCAAUUAUGGACUUUAUGAACAUGGGAACUCCAGCCACCUCUACAACCAAGACUGGGGCCCACACCACAGAUCCUGAAAUCACUAUUGCCCCCAUAACAAAAAAGAAGAUGUGGAUAAGGGAUGAUGCAGGGUCCACAAGCCUAGCCCCACGACUGAGGCGUGUAACUGAAGAAGAAGAAGAACUAGCUGUGAGAGAAGGAACACGUCCCAAGGAAUUAGGGGCGCGUCCAAAAGAGAGGGGGAUGCGUCCGAAGGAAGAAGGGGCAGCAGCUCAGAUGCCUGAUGGAACACAAAAGCCAAGGAAAGUGUUGACACCUGAAUACACUCUUCUUGACUGUUCCACAGAAGAGAUGGAGGACUAUCUGAAAUCCUCAUCCCAGGGUCCAGAGGACUACUCGUUACCUCCACCCGCGAGAAGCCCAUCCAGGCGCCGUGCUCGGUCCCCAUCUCCACAAGCCAGAAAACCAUCCCUGCAGCAGACACAGCCCCCGCCUCAACCUCCACAACACAGAAGCCCAUCCCCGAGGCAUGUUCCAUUUCCACCUCCACGUGAGAGAGGCAGAGUGGAAACAGUUCCACACAGAUACGUCAAAAGAGAAGUGGAAAUGGAUAGGAGGGAUGUCGAUCCAGAAGCGGGAGUCGUGAGAACAUCGGAAGUAUUACGAUCAUUGACCCCAGCAGAGCUCCGGGAUUUGAGAAAAGAUUAUAGUCGCCGGCCUGGUGAGCGGAUUCUAACCUGGCUGGUAAGAUGCUGGGAUAAUGGAGCUAGAAGCCACAUGCUGGAAGGUCACGAAGCACAGCAGUUGGGAUCCCUGGCUCGAGACCGUGAGAUUGAACAAGGAAUUGCAAGAGAGCCAUAUAGUCAUAGUCUCUGGCUUAGGAUCCUUAAUGCUGUGAGAGAGAGAUAUCCAUUUAAAGAGUACUUAACAAAUUCUCCAGGAAAAUGGACAACUGCGGAAGAAGCAUUCCAUCCAAAGUUGGAUGAACCAGAUGUAGAAACAAUGUGUCAAUGGAUACAGAGCAUAGCGGAAAAUUUCGAAGAUCUGUCCGAUGUCCGACGUCAACCCAUCCGUUCUAAGGGAAGAAUGGAAGGAGAUUAUGAAUAUUCCAAUUAUGAAGAUGACUACGAAGACAGAGAUGACAGCGUUUCCCGAGACUACAGAGACACACCAGUAAAGCGAUCUAGACCACGAGCUCGACCCCAAUCUUGA